AAACUGAGAGGGUGGUCCAUGCGGAAGGCAGUUACAAAUACAUUUUAAUUGCUUGAAGCACAGGAUCACAGGAAAUAUGUUUCAUCUAAAUGAUUAAUUUCAAAGUCCGUCUCUGUAAGUGGGCUGGUCUCCAUUCAAACAAGGAAGCUACUCCUGCGUUUUUGUCGCUGCGCGGUAAUGUGGAAACAGGUUGCAGUGUACAGACGAGAAGAGACCCCAUUCUUUACAGAAUGAUGAUGAUUUACCUACUUAUAGCGGUUGUGUGCGUGUCUGUCCAUCCAGUGCAAGCGUUAGACAAUGGUCUUGCCCUGACUCCUACAAUGGGAUGGUUGCACUGGGAGAGAUUCAUGUGUAACAUUGAUUGUAACAUGGACCCUCAGAACUGCAUAAGAGAGGAGCUGUACAUGCAGAUGGCUGAUGUCAUGGUCAAGGAGGGCUGGCUUGAGGCGGGGUAUGAGUACGUGUGCAUAGACGACUGCUGGCCUCACCACCAGCGAGAUGCCCAGGGACGCCUGCAGGCGGACCCCAAGAGAUUUCCCAGUGGCAUCAAGAAGCUGGCAGACUAUGUUCAUUCCAGGGGAUUAAAAUUGGGAAUCUAUGCAGAUGUGGGGUCCAUGACGUGUGGUGGCUAUCCUGGUAGCCUUGGCUACUAUGAAACUGAUGCCAAAACCUUUGCCGAAUGGGGGGUGGAUUUGUUGAAGUUCGAUGGCUGCUAUAUGAACUGGACUAUGCUUGGAGAAGGUUAUAAGAAUAUGUCCAGAGCUUUGAAUCAAACUGGAAGAAGCAUCGUGUACUCCUGUGAGUGGCCACUAUACGAAUGGCCAUUUCAUGAGCCUAAUUACACUGCAAUACGGGAGACGUGUAACCACUGGCGAAACUUUGCAGACGUGUACGACUCGUGGAGUAGUGUUAAGACCAUUCUGGACUGGACAGCGACCAAUCAGAAGAUCCUCACCCCUGCUGCUGGGCCUGGCGGGUGGAAUGAUCCAGACAUGCUGGUCAUUGGGAACUUUGGACUGAGUCACAGCCAGCAGCAGUCUCAGAUGGCCCUGUGGGCUAUCAUGGCGGCCCCACUGCUGAUGUCCAAUGACCUGCGAGACAUCUGUCCCAAGUCCAAAGAGCUGCUGCAGAAUCGGCGAAUCAUCGGCAUCAGCCAGGACCCACUGGGGAAACAGGGCUACCGGACUGGAACGGUGGACAGCUUUGAGAUGUGGGAGCGACCACUAUCCGGAGCCAGGCUGGCCCUGGCGAUCCUCAACAGGCAGGAGAUUGGAGGUCCGAGAGGGUUCCCCCUCACACUGGCUACUCUGCCCAGUUGGCAGUACUGCAACCCCAGGUGUAAUGUCACCCAGAUCCUGCCCACGUACCAGGAGCUGGGGGUCCAGGCCCUCUUCAGCAAGCAGAUACUGAAGAUCAACCCCUCAGGCACAGCACUACUGACAGUUACUCAAAUUCAGGACUACUCAGGGAAAGGUUAUUAAGGGAACAUAGAUUUAAGCACUUUAUAAAAUUGAGUAUUUCAUAUGUACUUUAAUAAACACAAUUUGAACAUGUC